AUGGAGAUUACAAUGCCGUUUACAUCGUACAAGCUGAUGCGAUUUUUCGCAAUUUUCGGAGGAUUAAUUGGCGUUAUUCAGUCACUAGCAUGGUUAGGACUCAGUAUAACAGCCGUUCUUGGAUACUACUGCAAUAUUGACUUUGCAGGAACUGCAGCUAAUUAUGGCUCAAUUUUACAACUUACACUGUAUCACAUGUACUUUCAAGGCGACUGCGUCCCGAAUCAAUUCCCAGUAAUAGAGUUUGAGGCAAUUCAAGGACUAGAUUUGAUGACACCAAUGACAGUGAAUAUUUGGAUGUGGGUAGUUCUUUCAUUUAGUGCUGUAUGGCUGUUUAGUUCGCUUACAUUGAUAAUCAAUGUGAAAAAAUCAAAUCUGAAGUACGCGAACGUUUUCCUUUAUAUUUGGGUCUUAAUCACAUUCGUUAUCUCAAUGAUUGAUUUAGUACUGUUUAUAUUCUUUGUGCUUGAUUAUGAGACCCUCUUGAGUCAUAGCUUCUCACAAAGUUUGAAUUUUGCACCUGUUACGUCAUCAGUUCUUCUUAGUGCCCAAGUAUCAGCUGGAAUUAUGUUCUCGGUUGCACUUCGUGGAUAUCUUUUGUGGGCAAUCAAUUUAGGCGUCUGCUUGUUCCUGUUUACACAAACAUUCAAGAUUUAUGACUAUAAUAAGCUUGCAGCAUCGGGAGUCACUAGCAAUGCAUAUAUGAACAACGCUUACAAGAAUGACGAAAGUCCACAAGGAGCAAUCAGUAACACACCGAUUAGAGGAUAUGAGACACAAACUAGUCAUCCUUGGUACAACUACUUGACAGCAGAUAUUCCACGCGCACGACCAUCAACCAUGAUGAGAUCAUCAUCAGUUCCAGGACUCGAAGAAAGCUUUCAGAAAAGAAUGAAUACAGCAGAUGCCAAAGUAACGACACCUACAGAUGUAGUCAUAAGAAAUAACAAUAUCAAUUCAGUUCCAAAUCGCAACAGUAAUGCUAAUAAUCUUGGAUACAUCCAAACUCCAGCACCAGCAUUUGAAGCCAAACCACAACUUCGAAGUGGAAUUUUAAGGAAUUCAAGAUAUCAGUAA